GUUUGCUUUUCAUCCUCUUCGCGCCUCGUCUCUGCGCCUUUCGCUAUUUCUUCGCGGCUGCUUCGGUUCGCCUGCUUCGCGUGAAAUAGUUUUUGAUAGAGUCGCUAAAGGAACUUCUUCGCCUCCUUCGACGACGUCGGAUCGGAAGUCACGACGGGAGCUCGCUCGCUGCGAAGGCAUAUUUUUAUGAUGCGUGCAUUAGAUGAUUAUGAUUUGUGCAUUAGUUGAGUUGAUUUGCGUAGCUGAAGAUGGAUCCCACCACGUUCAAGUUGGACGUAGAUGAGCUUCUUGAUGACUUCACUCGGGAUAACUCAACUACGUUGGCAGACAUGAAAAGAGUGUGGUUUGCUAAGAAGUUCUCUUAUAUUUAUGAAGCAAGUCCAAGAUCUAACUCUGUUUUUUUUAUGCAAUCCCUAUUCUCACAUUCCAUUGGUCAUAUGGGUUCAUCGACUUCUCUAUCUCAGAGACUAGGAGGGCUAUACUGCCUCUAUUGUCUUUAUGAGACUCAACCAUACAAGCCUCGUGUGAAGAUUUACUUGUGUCUAGGAGAGCUGAAGAGGCUCAAAUUGCUUGUUGUUGAUGCUAAAGAAAAUGGUAUCCGAGUUGUACCUGCUCUUGUGAAAAGGAUGCUUACUGAGAACAUGCUUCUAUUUGGUUCUUCUGACAGUUGUUCAGUCACACAAAGGGUCGAUGAAGUUACAAAGUUGCAUGACAAGAACCUUCAAAUCGCAUAUGAGAAAUUACUGUCUAAUACUGAGAUUGAAGACUAUGUUCAUAUGAACCUUGGUGUGGAGCUUGGUCUGGAAUCAUUCAAGAAAAUGUCAACAGAAUAUGCAAAAGCAAAGGAGGAAGCUAUUAAAGAAGCUAGCAAUUCUGUGGGCAUGGAGGACCUAAAACACAUAGCAGAAAACAGGAGGCUGGCAAGUGAAAUGGUAGAGAACCUGGUGGAAGAAUGGGAUUCCCAGAAGGAAUCAUUUUACAAGCAGACUGGUAUUAGUAAUUGCCGUGAAUUGGCGCUGGCUGAUGUUGAGGGAUUUGCUGAGGUGGAACGCCUGUUAGAUGAAUGAAGAGCAUCUCCCAGCAUUUCAG